UGAAGUUGGGUUGCAAAAGGCUUUUAGCCCUAAAGAAGUUAUCGAGCAUUUUCGCCUUCCAAUUAGGCAUCAUCUCAACUUCAUAACGACUCCCAGAGAGGGAAACACGACAACGCCCCUCGACCCUCCCAUCUCUCCCCCUCCUUCUCCAAAGUCCCCCUUCCCCCUCCCCUCCCCGCACCAAAGCAAAACAAAAAAUUGAGUGGAGGAGCCCGAGCGGGGCCCGGGGGAAAGUAGGGAGGGCAGCAAAGUUUCUCUAGUUGGACCAUUUGAGGGACUGUAAUUAAAGAGUCGCUCCUCACCCUCUGCACGCUGCUGGGACCGAAGGGUUUCAUCUGGCCGUGCGCCGGCUGGGACAGACUGCUGAUCUCCUCGAAUGCCGUCUCCCUCCCGGUGAAGGACGUAGUUUUAGCAGCCGGGCCUCCUUUCUGAAGGGGCCGCCUUUGGAGGCCGCGGUAUUGGCGGCCGAAAAUAAAAGGACGAGGAUUAUUAUGUCUGAGCUCCGAGGACCAGCGUUUGCUGUUUGGAACAGAAGAGACGCCUGGAUCUUCGGGGGUCCAGCUGGCGUAUAGUUUAGUUCUCAGCAGCCUCUCUCGGAUUCUCCAAGCCGCUUUGGAUAAGGCUCCUUCCUUGCCCUUUCUCGUUCUGAUUUUUUUUCCCCAGUAAAUCGUUUUCGUUUUCAAUCCCGUCUUUUUUUCCCCCUCUCUCCCCGACUUCCCCAGCCAGUCCCCAACUAAAAGACUUAAAAGCCUUCAUUCGAAAUCAUGCUUAGCUUUUUGCACAGUACGAGCUGUAGUUGAAAGUUUCUUUUUUGUUUGUUGGUUUGUUUUGGAUGAAUCUGCGGCGCUUAAGUUGGCAGAAGAAAGGGGGAAAAAGACACAAUGAAAGAGAAGUCCAAAAAUGCAGCCCGGACUAGGCGGGAGAAAGAAAACAGUGAAUUUUAUGAACUGGCCAAAUUGCUGCCUUUGCCCUCAGCCAUCACCUCUCAGCUGGACAAAGCAUCCAUAAUCAGACUCACAACCAGCUAUCUUAAAAUGAGAGUGGUGUUUCCCGAAGGGCUCGGAGAAGCGUGGGGACACUCGAGUCGCACCAGCCCCCUGGACAAUGUCGGUCGGGAACUGGGCUCGCACCUCCUUCAGACCUUAGACGGCUUCAUUUUCGUCGUGGCCCCCGAUGGGAAGAUCAUGUACAUCUCGGAGACGGCCUCUGUUCACCUGGGCCUGUCUCAGGUAGAGCUGACCGGAAACAGCAUUUACGAGUACAUCCAUCCCGCUGACCACGACGAGAUGACCGCCGUGCUCACAGCCCACCAGCCCUACCACUCCCAUUUCGUGCAUGAGUAUGAGAUCGAACGGUCCUUUUUCCUGAGGAUGAAGUGCGUCCUGGCCAAAAGGAAUGCGGGGCUCACCUGCGGGGGCUACAAGGUAAUCCAUUGCAGUGGGUACCUGAAGAUCCGCCAGUACAGCCUGGACAUGUCGCCCUUCGACGGCUGCUACCAGAAUGUGGGGUUGGUGGCCGUGGGCCACUCGCUGCCCCCCAGCGCCGUGACGGAGAUCAAACUACACAGCAACAUGUUCAUGUUCCGGGCCAGCCUGGAUAUGAAGCUCAUCUUCCUCGACUCCAGGGUGGCCGAGCUGACGGGGUACGAGCCUCAGGACCUCAUCGAGAAGACCCUCUACCACCACGUCCAUGGCUGCGACACUUUCCACCUGCGCUGCGCCCACCACUUGUUGCUGGUGAAGGGGCAGGUGACCACCAAAUACUAUCGGUUUCUGGCGAAGCACGGAGGCUGGGUGUGGGUGCAGAGUUAUGCUACCAUCGUGCACAACAGCCGCUCCUCCAGACCUCAUUGCAUCGUCAGCGUCAACUACGUGCUCACAGACACAGAGUACAAAGGGCUGCAGCUUUCGCUGGAUCAAGUCACCGCUUCCAAGCCAUCAUUCUCCUACACCAGCUCAACUCCCACCAUAACUGACAGCCGGAAGGGAAGCAAAGCCCGCCUCUCCAGCACCAAGUCCAAAUCCAGGACAUCACCAUAUCCUCAGUAUUCUGGAUUUCAUACUGAAAGAUCUGAAUCGGACCAUGACAGCCAGUGGGGUGGAAGCCCCCUUACAGAUGCCGCCUCCCCACAAUUGCUUGAGUCUUCAGAGCGGCCCAACUCCCAGCAUGAGGCUUCCUGUGCCUAUAGACAGUACUCGGACCGUGGCUCUCUCUGCUACAGCUUUGCCCUGGAACACCCCCGGCUCGGGGACGACCGUCAUUUUCACACUCAGGCCUGUGAGGGGGGUCGGUGCGAGGCGGGCCGCUACUUUCUGGGGACGCCACAAGCCGGGAGAGAAGCCUGGUGGGGUGCCCGUUCUGCAUUAUCCCUGACCAAGUCCUCGCCGGAGAGCAGGGAAGCAUAUGAAAACAGCAUGCCUCACAUCACUUCAGGGCACCGGAUCCAUGGGAGAGGCCAUUGGGACGAAGAUAGUGUGGUUAGCUCCCCAGACCCAGGAUCUGCCAGUGAAUCUGGGGACCGCUACCGUGCCGAGCAAUAUCAAAGCAGCCCCCACGAACCGAGCAAAAUUGAAACUCUGAUCCGUGCCACCCAGCAAAUGAUUAAAGAGGAGGAGAACAGACUGCAUUUACGGAAAGCUCCCCCAGAUCAACUGGCUUCUCUUAACGGAGUCGGGAAGAAACACACCCUCUGCUUCACCAGUUACCAGCAGCCGCAGCUGACCACCGACAUCUGCCAUGGCCCCACGGUGGCCAGCACCUCACCCUGUGAGCAUGUUCAGCAGCGUGAUGGGAAGAUUAUGAGCCCGCAGGAAAAUGACUAUGAGAACAGCCCCACCGCCUUGUCUAGGCUAAGUAGUCCCAACUCUGACCGCAUCUCCAAAUCAAGUUUGAUACUAGCUAAAGACUAUCUCCACUCAGAUAUGUCUCCACACCAGACAGGCGACCACUCAACAGUCUCUCCCAAUUAUUACAGCUCCCACCGGCAGUAUUUUGAUAAGCACGCAUACACGUUGACUGGCUAUACCCUAGAGCACUUAUAUGACAGUGAAACCAUUAGGAACUAUUCCUUGGGCUGUAAUGGAGCCCACUUUGAUGUGACUUCCCAUUUAAGAAUGCAGCAAGACCCGGCACAAGGACACAAGGGGACAUCUGUUAUAAUAACCAAUGGAAGCUGAUGUUUUUCUAAACUAGCUUGUGCUUUCAGGAAAACUUUGAAACCUAGUUGGAAUGUUCACAUGUUUAAAUGCCCUUGUUGUUACCAGCAUUUGACGUACCACAGUAUGUUAGAGAAAUCUCCUAAGAUACUGGGUAUGUGCCAUUCGACACAUGUUACUGUAAAAAAAAAAUGCACUAGCAUUCAGGGUUAAGUGAAUGGAGCAAAACUCAAUAGAAAAGCUGUUGCUAGAUUUCAUGGGAGCCAGGAUGGAUUAAGGUUAGUUUUGAAAAUACCCAUGUAGAUCAAGUGAGUCAUGUAUGCUUAUUGUGUAGGAAGGAAUGUUUUGUGGUGGAAACGUCUCAGAGGGAUGAUCAGCCAAAUUGCAUGGACUCAAACCGCUAUUCACAAAACUGAUACACGCAAGUUACAUGCUCAAAUGUGGAAUGCAUUCCUGAAACUGCACAGCUACUCUGGGUACAUUUAUAAACCACACUAGUCCCUUACUGUGAGUUCCACUGUUUCUGUCAGAAAAGAGGGAAGAAAGGUGGAGAAUGGUCUCUUCCUUGGAGCUUCUCAAUAUCUUUCGUAUGUGUUGGGCAGGCCAAAAUUGGUCAUACAGUUCAGGAUUUUUGCUUGAUUCUGAACUGAUAUCUAUUAGCUAAAAUCAGGAAGUGGACAUUCUUCUCCAGAGGAGAGGAUUGCACUGUUAUAGAGGGAAGAAGAGGGUUAACAAACUGCAUUUAUAUGUGGAAGAAUUUGGAGAAGUCAAUGAGAAGAAAUACCUCAAAAAAGGCCCGAGAAGAUGAAAAGUGCAAGACCUGGGAGAAAACAUUACAAUAUAUUUGGACUCUAGAUAUUUAUCAGCGUGGCUAGGUGAUUGAGUAUGGGCCUGGGAAUCAGAAGGAUCUGGUUCUAAUCCCGGCUCUGCCACUUGUCUGCUGGGUGACC